GUAAGUUUCUCAAAAUUUCUCAACAAAUUCGUGAUAUUCCGGUUUUGUUUUGAAAUCAACUAAAAUGUCCGUGUGGCACUGUGUUGGGAGCAGGACCAGGGCCCAGCAUUGGCCCAGGUUCCUGGGCGUCCUGAACAAGCACCGCCUGUACUCGAAGGACCACAGGCCGACGCCGAAGUGCGAGGGGGCGGAUCCCUGCUCGCAGAUCAAGGACUGCGACAACUCAAACUUCGUGAAGAGCGACAAGGCACCGGCGAAAAGCAAGUUUCAGUUCCACCAUCUCAUCAAGCUGCCGCCGGAGUGCUGUCUGAAUGAGUGCAUCGGAGCCUUUCCGCGCUUCGACGAGUGCCUCUACAAGGAGUCGGACAAGGCCAAGCGCAACUACCAGGUCACCUGGGUGGAGUGCCCCCCCAUUCAGAUCAAGCCCAAGAAGAUCUGCUGCUACGAGCCGGGGAAGCGGCCGCCCAUUGCCCGUCGCAAGCGCAAGGUGAAGGACGAGUGCGUCGAGGACAAGCCCUGCCCCUCGGAGGGACCGUGCCCAAAGAUAGAAAGUCCCGGAUGUCGGCCGGUUAGGAAUCCCACGCGCUGCGAACUCACACGCGUCAAAACAGACUGCGUCAAGGUGAAGGCCCCCUAUCCGGCCUACUCCGAGUGCCGACGACCCAAGCCGCGUCGCAGGCCCAGAGUCGAGUGCCACUGCCUGGACGUUCCGCCCAUGUGCAUAGUCUUCAAGGAAAUGGCCAAGCUCGAGAGGCAGGGCAAAACGGCUGGAGAUUGCCCGCCGCCAAAGAAAUGAUUCCCAUGCAGAUCUCGGCCAGAUUCUGUCAUCCUUCAGCCCAUACCGCCGAUGUCAUCUAAUGAAUCCGAAAAGUCGAAAAACAAAUUAAAAAAAUACAAAUACA